AUGAAGGAUCAAAUCCUGCUAAUAAGGGAAAUGAUGAAGGCUGCCCAAGAUAGGCAGAAGAGCUAUGCCGAACGUCGGAGAAGGAACCUCGAAUUUGAAGUUGGCGACUGGGUCUACCUCAAAGUAUCGCCCAUGAAAGGAGUCUUUCGAUUUGGAAAGAAGGGGAAGCUAAGUCCAAGAUAUGUAGGACCCUUUGAGAUAUUGGAAAGAGUAAGAGCAGUCGCUUAUAGACUGGAUCUUCCCGCUGACUUUCAAGGAGUUCACGAUGUCUUUCAUGUAUCUUCCCUCAAGAAGAGCUUCGAGAGAAAGAUACCAACAGUUGUUGAUACAAGGAAUAUUUCGCUCCAACCUGACCUAACUUAUGAAGAUAUUCCUAUUCAGAUCACAGAUUGGAAGGAUAAGGAACUUCGGAAUUGA